AUGAGUGCGAACUUCGUCAAAAAUCUCACCAAGCAGUUGAGAAAUUACCGGCUUUCCACGCCAUGGAGCCAUAGCCGGAGCCGGAGCCCUGUCUAUUCAGAUUUGGGUAAGAACGCAUAUUGGACACAACGCCAACGUGACGCUUGGAAGUUGCCAUGUCUCCCAUUUACGCCAAGGAGGGACGAAUGGGGAAAGAUGCGAGCAUGUCCAUGGAUAGCCGGCGCUGUCCUCUUCUUGAAUAUUAUCUUGGCCCUGGUGGCAUUUGGAAUUGGAUACUCCAAAAAGGCCAACAAAGGUCAAUUCGAGAUGGUCGAGCUUUACCAGGGGAGUUGCAAUGUGUCGAACAGAAUGGCUACCGUGCUACAUCUUAUGAUUAACGUUCUGAGCACGGUGCUACUGGGCGUGAGCAAUUACACGAUGCAGUGUUUGGGGGCACCAUCUCGUGCCGAUGUUGAACUUGCUCAUCAGAAGCACAAAUGGCUUGAUAUUGGGACAUUUAGCAUUCGCAACCUUGGAGUCAUGAACUGGAAACGCCGCACUCUCUGGGGGCUUUUACUGCUCAGCUCUGUUCCUAUUCAUAUGCUUUAUAACUCGGUUGUGUUCCGAUCAAUCUCGGACUUGGACUAUGGUCUCUUGAUCGUUCCUGACGACCUGUCUUCAUCCGAAUCGCUAGUUGAAGAUAAGGUGGCCCGGUCGGCCUUUUAUGACGCCAUUGGAAUCAGCGCAGUCAAGAUACACGCUGAAAUCUUUGACGGCACAUUUUAUAAUACGACAUUGUCGGACUGUGUUGAACAAUAUGAUACGGCUUUCAACAACAAGUACAACACAAAUCUCGGCACAGUCAUACUGACUGCAGAACGACAGUACCUCCAAAACGUGAGCAGUAUGUAUGGGCCAGCUGAUGAUAUCAGUGAUUAUGACGCCUACUCUGCCAUUUCUGAAAUCAAGCAAUUUGCCACGAAUGGAACUUGGAAUGUUACUGCAGAAUUCUGGAGCUAUCGCACCUGGGAUUUCAAAGCACCAGAUGGGCGCAACUUCUCUUCUAUUGAUGACGUUCUCGACAUCUAUAUCAAUGAGAAUAAAUCUGUGAUUGCAGACGACCUGGUUGUUCUCGGGAAUUAUUUGAGCCAGAACAACCCGUCUGCCACGUCCUUGCAGACUUAUCUCAACACCAAGUCACAUUGGGAAAACAGUACCUGGGCGGCCGAUAUUACUUUCCACUUUGCAGGACAUCACAGUAAUCCGGGAUAUGAUCUCAGCUUCCCAGUGACCGGCUGCAAGUACAAAUCAGCGACCGAGCGGUGCCAGAUUUUCUUCAGUCCUCCUAUUGCUAUCACAGUCGUUGGUUGCAACGUUGUGAAAGUAAUUUGCAUGGUCCUCGCGGCUCGAAUGAGCCGCACGGGUAUCUUCUUCACUGUCGGGGAUUCCGUGGCUUCCUUUCUCGUUAGCCCUGAUCCCACGACAAAGAACCGCUGUCUGUUAUCGCGUGUUGAUGUUAUGAAAGGGUCAGAGAUAUGGAGUAGACCCAUAAGAACGUUCAAUUUUGCACAUUUUUUUUCUUCGAGGCGAAACUCCGAUCCCCCGAAAGAUAUGGAUAUUCUUUUGCGGGAUAACAAUCCCGAUUCAACGAACCUUGUAUCGUCGACGGUACAUCCGAGAUUAAUUUGCCCCAAAAAGAAGCGUUGGUGUCAAGCAGCAACCUGGCGACGCUGGACGGUCACUUCCAUUGUCUUUAUUUUCUGCGAAGUGUACUUUACUUUCAUAUUUAUUCUCGGCGCCAUCGUGACUGAUGCAGCGCAAGAGGGAUCAGUAUCCACCUUCUUCGCCGAUAUCUGGAGCCUGGGAUUCGGAUCAGUCAACACAGACACAUUAGAGGAUAUGAGCGAAGCUGGGAGCUUGGUCUUGAGUAACACCAUGUUCUUGAUCUUGAUAUCCAAUUCGCCGCAAUUCUUCCUGUCCAUCAUAUACUUCCUCACCAACGGCUUGCUCACGUGCAUGCUUGGAGCAGCCGAAUGGGACCGGAACGCCUUCCAGCGGCGACCACUGCGCGUAUCCAAACCCCAAGGCGACCAACGCUCAACAUUUUAUCUCACCUUGCCUUACCGAUAUGGGGUCCCAAAUCUGAUAUUCUUUGCUCUGACCCACUGGAUGGUCUCUGAAAGCUUUUUCUUCGUGAACGUACAGGGCUACGAUGUCCACAACGUGAAGGCCGACUACAGUUCUGUGCAAGGCUGGUGUUUCUCGGCGCUGCCGGCCUUCAUUGCUUCUCUACUGUUGUUGCUGGGGUGGAUAGUACUCGUCUCACUUGGAUUGAAGAGGUUCAAGACGCAUGCACCGCUUGUGGCGCAUUGCAGUGCGGCUAUCAGCGCAUCUUGCCAUCCCCCUCCAGACGACAUUUAUGCGGCAUAUAGACCUCUUAUGUGGGGAGAGGUGGAUCGACCAGACAACAUUCUUGGAGAUGGAGAAUGGAGCCAUGAUGGUUCAUCUGGGGAACAGACAGAAUCGUCAACGAUUGGUGAAAUAGGGCUGGCAGCUGUGCAAACUAGUUAUGGGCACUGCUCACUGACCUCGAAGGAAGUCCAAACACCGCAGUUGGACCGCAUGUAUUAUUAA